AUGUAUUGUUUAAACUGUACCAAUGGUCCUCUCUGUUCUCUCUGCCUCUCUUCCCACAAGGAUCAUCAUGCUAUUCAGAUAAGGAGAUCGUCGUAUCACAAUGUUAUAAGGUUGUCGGAGAUUCAGAAAUUUCUGGACAUAACAGGGGUUCAGACAUACGUGAUUAACAGUGCUAAGGUUGUGUUCUUGAACGAGAGACCUCAGCCUCGAUCGGGCAAAGGUGUUGUCAAUACAUGUGAAGUCUGUUAUCGCAGCCUUGUCGAUUCCUUCAGAUUCUGUUCUCUUGGCUGCAAGAUCGCUGGAAUCUUCAAGACUUUUGGCAAGAAAAGAAAAGAUUUUACAAGUCUUUCAGAUUCUGUUGAUUCGCAUAACAGUAUUACUAGUAUUGGAAGAUUCAAGAAGAAUGAUGAAAUGAUUCAUGAUGGUUUCACGCCAUCAACACCACCUCUCUCGACUGUAAAUCGACGAAUAGCAAAAUGA